AUGGAGCCUCGAGCUCGUGCUGGUAAGAACGUCGGGAAGGAGACUUUCAAUCCUAAAGAGGUUUCCGCCCUGCUGUAUGCAUAUGGCGACGUGCAGCACCCGCUGCCAGAGACGGUCCGCGUGCUGGACGAGAUGGUUACCGAGUUCCUGGAGGGCGUGUGCUUCGAGGCUAGCCGGCACGCCCAGGUAGCGGGCCGCCAGAAGCUCAAGUUCGACGAUUUCGAGUUCGCCCUCCGCCGCAACCCGCAGUAUCUCGGCAAGGUCAAGAGCAUGAUCGAGAAGCGCCAGAAAAUUAAGGAGAUGCGGCGAACUUUCGAUCAGGAGGACGACGCCCUCGCUAAGGAGCACGGCAUCGACACCUCCGCCCCCGGUCCCGCCGCCGGCACCGCCGAGGAGGAUGACCUGCUCGGACUCGACGACGAGGACGAGGACCUCGAGGUUGCGCCCACCGUCACGUCCUCUAAGGGGACUGGCGGGAAGAAGAGGAAGGGUGCGCCGAAGUAG